CCCGCCCGCAGAGCCCGGGCCGGCGGCGGGCAUGGCGGCGGCGCGGGGCCGGGUGCUGUGCCUCUUCGAUGUGGACGGGACCCUGACGCCGCCUCGGCAGAAAAUCGAGCCGGAGGUGGAUGCGUUCCUGCGGGAGCUGCGGGAGAGGGUGCUCAUCGGCGUGGUGGGAGGCUCCGACUAUGCCAAAAUAGCCGAGCAGCUGGGGGACGGGGACGAAGUCAUUGAAAAGUUUGACUACGUCUUUGCAGAGAACGGCACAGUGCAAUACAAGAAUGGGCAGCUGGUCUCCAAGCAGGCCAUUCAGGAUCACCUGGGGGAAGAGCUGCUGCAGGAUCUGAUCAACUUUUGUCUCAACUACAUGGCAUUGCUGAAGCUGCCCAAGAAACGAGGAACCUUCAUUGAGUUUCGCAACGGGAUGCUGAACAUCUCCCCCAUCGGACGAAGCUGCACCCCAGAAGAGCGAAUUGAGUUCUCUGAGCUGGACAAGAAAGAGCGGAUCCGGGAGAAGUUUGUGGCAGCCUUGCAGAGGGAGUUUGCUGGCAAGGGCCUGCGUUUCUCCCGAGGUGGCAUGAUCAGCUUUGACGUGUUCCCAGAGGGCUGGGACAAGCGCUACUGCCUCAAUGUGCUCGACGACGAGAGAUUUGACACUAUCCACUUCUUUGGGAAUGAGACGACCCCUGGAGGGAACGACUAUGAAAUCUAUGAUGAUCCCCGCACUGUGGGACACAGUGUCCAGUCCCCCCAAGACACGGUCCAGCGAUGCCGCGAAAUCUUCUUUCCAGAAAGAGCCAAUGAGUGCUGACUGCCAGGUCCUUGCAGCCCUGCCCCAGUCCCACCCUCUCCCCCCACCAGGAAAAGCACCUUGAUUUGAGGAAUCUGCUCAGGGUAGACCAAAAAAACACUUCACAGAGCUGGUGAGGAUGUAACACGAGCACGGGUGGGUGGCAGGAGGGAGCCUUAGCUGAGCAGCCCUUCGGCACUCCCCAUCUGUGGCUGGGGGUUGUAGUACCAGACCCUUCUCGCCUUCAGAGAAACUUCUCUUGACAGUUCAGCUGUGGUGGGCGGUGAUGCAGAUGCUUUUGUGGUUGGAAAGUAUUC